CCCCCAUAAUUCUCUUCUUUGACUCUCUCUCUUCUUUCUCUCUCUUCUCUCUCUCCACUUUUCUAGGGUUCUUUCCUUCUCCUUCUCCACAACCUCUCUCCUUACUCCUCACUCCUCACAUCUCUCUCUCUGUGAAGCGAUGACCUCAGCUCCCAUGGCGAAUUUCGCGUCCUUCCCGUCCUCCUUGGAGAAACCGACGAGCUUCACGGCCUCGUCUUCCUCUGCUCCGGCUGCCGGCGGCGGGGGCGGGGACGACGACGUCUUCGAGGACGGCUGCAGCAUCUGUCUCGAGUGUUUCACCUCCCAGGACCCCGCAACUGUUACCACUUGCAAUCAUGAGUAUCACCUUCAAUGCAUUCUUGAAUGGUCACAGAGAAGCAAAGAAUGCCCAAUCUGUUGGCAGUUACUUUCCUUAAAGGACCCUGGCAGCCAAGAGCUUCUCAGUGCUGUUGAGCAGGAAAGAAAGAGAAGGUCGAGGAGCAGAUCUACCACUUCACCAACCACUGUCAUCAGUUUCCAUGAGGAUUUUGGCAUCGGACAUGAUCUUUCCUCACAAGAUGUCUCAGAUAUUGAUGAGCGUGUUCUGCAGCAUUUAGCUGCUGCAGUGAGUAGGGCUCAUUAUUUACACAGAAGGGAGAGACAGAGACCCUCUGGACUUGGUUCUUCCGGAACCCGUGUUUCUAGCUCUCCGGACAAUUCACCCAGGAUGCGGCAUUCGCACCAGGAAAAUACAGAAGGGCAGGAAGGUUUCAUUGUUGAAUCUUCUAGUAGCGAUUUAACUUCUGGAACUCCCAUCUGUCUAAACAUUCGUCCUCAAUCCCCAAUGUCCCUGCCUAUUGCAAACAUGGCUCCCAGUGCUGCAGUCAACCGAGGAACUUUUGGUAGCAGAGUUCUUCAUAGCCAGAUACAAUUCAACAGUCAUCAGAGCCCACAGGAACCUAGUCCACCUGAAAUUUCCUCCUUCUCAGAGUCUUUAAAAUCUAAGUUCUCUUCUGCAACUGCCAGAUACAAGGAGUCAAUCUCAAAGGGCACUAGAGGUUUGAAGGAGAAGAUACUUGCACGCAACAGCUCAGUCAAGGAGCUGAGUAAGGGAGUUCAGCGUGAGAUGAGUGCUGGAAUUGCUGGUGUUGCCCGCAUUAUCGAGCGCUUAGACCUGACUCCUAAGCGAUCUGGAACCUCUGCGUCCGUCCCCGGUCAUGUCGCGGUAUCUUCGGAUUUCUCCACCAGGGAAAAGAGUUCUCUGGAGGAUCUUCUGAGUCAAUCUUUUAGAGAUGGUACAGAAAGAGUGCACAACGUAAGUCCAGAUGCGGAAUUACAUGACAUGGGUAAUAUCCCAGGUCGACUUGAAGUUAUUCCAACCCAGGAGAGACACUAACACUGCUGUAUCGUGGGUUGGCCUUGAGUUAUAUCGCGUUUUCUACUGUGGCUCAUCCGAAGGCAUGUGAAGCAAGUGACGUACUGUUGGAAAACCAGCUUCCUCAUUUGGUUUCUGCGUCCUGCAUCCACUGUUCAGCUGAAGGAAUUAUCAGCUGAUUGUUUUACAUAUGAAAACAUUCUUUCUAUAUACUUGAGGGUAUUGGAGAAGGAUCUUUGGAUAAUUCUCAUUUUACUUAUGUUUCUAUUCACAAAGUGGCUUGCACCUUCGGGAAUUCAAAGAAAUUUCCGUUUCCUCCCGUACAAUGUACUAUGGACAGGCCAAGUGCAGUAUAUCUAUCACUAUGGGGAUGAUACAGAAAUACUUCUCCAAGCCGUGGCAUCCCAUGCUUUUUUAUUGCACUGGUAAAAGCAUAACACUGGCGCGAGAGGAAAGAAAACGAAAUCCCGAUAUCGUUGUGCUAGAAAAGAGAGAAUUUUUCGAAGGCUUCCAAGGUUUAAGUCUUAUGGACUGCGAUUGGGUAACGACACAUGCAUAUGGGAGUUCAAAGAGACCUGGAAUAAGUAAAAGGUUGUUCUGAGUCCAGGACUGCCAGAUCUCUUUGUUUGGUCGUUUUUAUUUCUGAGAUUGUUGAUUAGCAUAUUGAUGCAUUUUGUUCUCUGUAAGUUCUUGAAUGCCUUAACGAUUUCCCACGGUGCCUCUUUUCA